CAGGCUUUGAAAUACCAGACCCGCCUGCGCACCACCCUGCAUAGAGUCUGAAAUCGCGAGCAUUCAGAUUCUCUGGUCUCGUCACAUCUUGCGAUUCAUCUACUUUGGAGGCGGCAAAUGACAGAAUUUAUUGUGUCCACACCCGAGAAAUCGGUAUUCAUCAUUAGAUGUGACCUUCAUAAAGAAAAACCAUCUGUUCCGCGCUCCUCCAAGUCUAAAAUUUCGAUGCACGAGUGACCCGAGUAGAAAAAUCUCGUGGUGCAGUAGAAAGCGUCACGGUCGGCAACGGUGUUAAAUGAGAAUUUAGUGGGACUCAACGACCCUUGUCUCCGGGUCAAGCCACAAUAUAAUCUGUCAAGAAGAAGAAACUGAGUACAGAGAUCACACAGAAGUUCAUCAAUGGCGACGGAAGUAGUGUCAGUUUUACGGUUUGUAAAUGUCCAGACGAUUGCGCUUCUUCUUGCAGUUGUCUACUUGAUCUACCGCGUGAGGAAGCAAAAUGCAAAGAAGCCGAAUCUGCCGCCUGGUCCACCGGCAUGGCCAAUUCUGGGCAAUCUGGUCGAAGUGGCUCGCCGGAAAAAGCCAUUUAUGUGCGUGGUGGACGAGCUACGAAAGCAGUACGGCCCAAUUUUCACUCUGCAAAUGGGGCAACGCACCAUGAUCGUGGUCUCAAGCGCUGAGCUCGCACACGAGGCACUCAUCGAUAAAGGCCAUGUCUUUGCCAAUAGACCGCCUGAAACCCCAACGCGAAAUGUCUUCAGCUGUAAUAAGUGCACUGUGAAUUCGGCCGAGUACGGGGCCCUCUGGCGAGCGCUUCGCCGGAAUCUGGUUUCGGAAAUGCUCACGGCCACAAGCGCGAGCAAAUUCUCGCCGGCGAGGUACUCCGCUGUCUCUCGCCUCCUCGACCGACUUGCAGCAGAGGCGGAGGCAAAUUCCGGCCUGGUCUAUGUGCUCUCAAAUUGCCGAUUUGCUGUCUUCUGCAUUUUGCUUUUCAUGUGCUUCGGGAUCGAAUUCAAGGAAGAAGUCAUUGAAAGCGUGGAUGCUACUUUAAAGACGGUGCUUUUAACCCUAGAGCCCCGAAUGGACGAUUUUUUUCCAGUGCUUACGCCCCUGUUUGCCCUUUCCAAGCAGCGGAAUCGCGUUCGCGAGGUCCGACAAUUGCAGAUCGACAAUAUUUUGCCGCUAGUCAACAGACGGCGGCAACAAUUGGCCAAAGGUAGCUCCUCUGCUGCUUAUGUUGAUUCACUAUUUUCCCUUGUUUUGGCGGACGGCCGUGAAUUGACAAACGCGGAGAUCGUAACCCUAACUUCGGAGUUCCUCAAUGGGGGCACCGACACCACGGCGGCGGCGCUGGAGUGGGCCAUGGCGCACCUAGUGGCGGACCAGAAGAUUCAGGCGAAGCUUUACGAGGAAGUGGCCGGAAUUUGCCAGACCAAGGAGACUGUAGAGGAACGGGACAUUGAGAAGAUGCCCUACUUGAACGCUGUGGUGAAGGAAACCCUAAGGAUGCAUCCGCCCACGCAUUUUCUUCUCUCACAUGCUGUUACUGAGCCGUCCACUCUGGGCGGCUAUGAUAUUCCGGCGAAAGCCAAUGUGGAAUUCUACACUGCCGCCAUUGGUAACGAUGACCACCUGUGGAAUGAUCCGAGGGUUUUCCGACCAGAGCGCUUCUUGGAAGAAGACAUGGAGGUCGAUAUUACGGGUGUUAAGCGCAUCAAAAUGAUGCCUUUUGGAGCUGGGCGACGAAUUUGCCCUGGUGUGACUGUAGGCACCCUGCAUAUCAAUCUUCUGGUUGCUCGCAUGGUGCAGGCUUUUGAAUGGCUGCCCGACCCGGCUCACCCGUCUGUCGACCUUACUGAGGAAUAUGCUUUCACCGUUAUCAUGAAGACUCCUGCUCGCCCUCUCAUUAAGCCUAGGAGGAGCGCCAUCUGAUCGGACCGAGGGUUUCUUUGGUCUCGGGACGUUAAAGGUAUCUGUUAGAGUUUGUUUAGUCUCGUGGACGUUAAAGGUAUCUGUUAGAGUUUGUUUGAUCUUGUGGAUGUUAAAAGUUCUCUGUUUCUAUUCUAGUCUAUUUUACCUCUUUGAUUAAGCAUUAGCAAGCAGUUAUCAUCAAGUAUUAGAAGACAACACGCAGCUAAAGAUAACACUAUCUAGAGCUCGUUGUGAAGGGCUUUUGUGUUACCAUUCUAUUCUAUCGCCUCUUGAAUUAAGCAUUAGCAACCAGUUAUCAUCAAGUAUAAGAAGAUAAAAUGUAGCUAAAGAUAUAUGCCGAUUUCUAAAGCUUGUUUGUUUAUACUUCUCCAUAUGAUAUUUGCCAUUUUUAAAUUAUAGUGUGACUUUAUUUUCAA